UGGACGGAACAUUAGAAUCCGCUCUGAACAAAUUACCUUACUAAUCACGUCUUCCCAUUCCCUUCACCUCAUCCCUCUCCAUGCCUCAGCCCCCCCGCCUAAAUGCUGUCGCUUUGAUUUCACCCCAAAACCAUCCAAUACUCAUCCGUACGUUCCAAAAAGGAGACGAAUUGAAGUACCAUUAUGUCGCGCAUACGAGCUUGGAUGUCAUUGAAGAGCGCACCAGCGGAAAGACGAAACCGACAGAAUGCUAUCUAGGGCUUCUCUAUGUUAUGGACGACGUUGCAGCUUACGGUUACAUCACCCCAUUGAAAGUGAAAAUUGUCAUCGCCCUUGCACUCACAGAUUCUGUUGUGCGAGAUGCUGAUGUCGUUAUGAUCUUUAAAGCCCUGCACAUGGCAUUCUACGAAGCAGUCUCGAAUCCAUUUCUGAAAUUGGAUGGCGUUUCCGAGUCUACAGCUGACUAUUCACCAUACCAAGCCGUCGGAAGCGUGAAAUGGAAGCGACUACGGCAGGCAGUGGAUGAAAUUCACAGAGCGUUAUGUGCCUAUGCGCCGUAGAUGUUUUUGUGCUUCGGCCGUACCCACUUUCUGCGGUCUGCUGCUUGUCCUUAAAAAGGGCCCUACCGAACCAAAAGAAAUGUUUCCUUCUAAUGA